AUGGCCCUAAGUCGCGUCCGCUCAACGGCCCUGACCGUCUCGCUCGACGCGAACGUCCCGAACGGCGGAUCUCCCGCGCAGGCGGUCGGCCGCAGCGUCGAGGCGUACUGCAACGCGCUCGAUCGCGCCGAGGGAGAGAACGCGCGCGUGGUGUUGGAGUGGGACAGAGACGCGGCAGCGCGCCAUGCGGCGGCGGCGGCGGCGGCCGCGGACAGACUCGCGGAGGCGACCGACGGCUACGGCGCGACGGAUUGGAGGGACGCGUUUCUGCUCGGCGCCGGCGGCGGCGCGGCGGCGGCGACGGAGUCGCUCGUCGACCGCGCGACGUCCGCGUUCGUCGGCGGCGGCGGCGGCGGCGCGUCCUCUUUCGACGACGACCGAUGGACGAAAGUCGUUCGGCUGCGCGCGAUGAACGGCUGCGACGGCGGCAGCGCGGCCUACCUGACCCUGAGGGUCACGCCGCCGGUGGAGGGCGCGGGCGGGGGCGGGGACGUCGUCGUCGCGCGGGGGCCUCGGCCGGACGGGCCGCCGCGAGGGCCGAAACCGGACGGGCCGCCGCGAGGGCCGAAACCGGACGACGGGCCGCCGCCGGGGGCGCUCUCGGGAUGA